AUGUUCGGACGCCUUCCGCCACUUCACGGCAGGACUACGCGACGUGGGACUGACCCACAACCCAGGGAAGUGCGCCGCAUGGAGCGCUGCAGUUACAGACCCCCAGCAUCUGCCCGAGGGCGUCUCGCUGCGCCCGGAGGGAUUGAGACUGCUGGGGAGCUUCAUCGGCUCGACAGAUGGUGCAGCGGCCUUCCUGCGGUCCCAGCUGGAGACAAUGUCAUCCCCGCAACCCCACCUAGCAGCAAUGGAUCCUCAGGUGGCGGCGCUGCUAUUAACGCGAUGCAUCUCCAGGCGCAUCUCCUACUUGGCACGCACCACCCCGCUAUACCUGUUACCCGAGGCGGAAUGGUCAAGCUGGGGACGGGCGCUGCUGUACACACUUCUCGACGCUUGCGGGGAUAUACGACAGCAGAGUCAGGCACGUCCCCACGUGCAUUACGCGCUGCUCGACGUGGAGAGGCGUCGCAGCAACACGAGCAGCAGCAGCACGAGGGGCGGGCGGGACGGGAGGGAACAGUAGCACUUGGGGAGUUGGCGGCUGAUGCAGCUGAGGCUGGGGCAGCGGAAACUGGUUUGUCGGCGGCUGCUGUUGCUGCUGAGCCCGGGGCAGCGGCGCUGCUGGAGGAGACCGACGUGGCCGCUGCGGCUGAGGUGACGGGGACGGCGCGGGAGGGGGCACAAACGGCUGGGACGGCGGGGGGAGCGUCUGCUGCCGAGACUGCUGUCGCCUCUGACGGCGGCUUAAUUUCGCCCGCUGAGGUACGCCCGACUGCGCCGCCGCUACAUGUGGGCGGGGGUUGGGCCGCGGAGGAGAGUCAGGUGGUACCGGAGCCGGCUGCAUCCCCGUCACCGCUCGGGACGGCUGAGGUUGCUGCGGUCGUGGCGGAGGCAGCGAGGCGACAGCAAUUACCCCCGAACGAAGAGACGGCGCUGCCUGCCGCUGAGUCCGCCGGAACACCUGUUGCUGCCGUGGCCGCAAACAGGCAGGGGCACGGCCGGGCGGGGAGCGGUAGACCGGGUCCCGGGACUGGCGCCGCUGCUUGCGCCGCUCGCGGGAAGAAGCUCCGCGCCCAGCCAGCACCGAGGCGGCCCGGAGCAGGGCUGGGACCUGGCGUCCCAGGACCCCUCCUGGGCUGGUUGCUGCAAGGGCAGUCGCCACAAGUGCCAGCGCAUCCGUCGCCAUCUCACGUCGGAGCGUCUGUGGCGAAUUCCGCCACGCAGACAACGACGCAGGCUGCGCCAACGCAGGCGCCGGGAAUUCAGGUCGGCAGUAACAAUGGGGAGCCGGCGGUGACAGGUACAACAGCAGCAGCAGCAGGCACGAACGUAGCGGCGGCGGCUGUAGGGACCAGGCGGUCGGCACGGUUGGGAGCGAUAACCUGGGGACCACCACGGGAUGGCCGUACGCCGUGGAUGCCGGCGGGCCGCGGUGGCAACGGAGUGGCGGAAACGGCGGGCGCGGCUGGGCGGGGACAACGAGGGGUUUUGCGCGGGGGGAUGAGAGGCGGACGGGGAGGGCGCAACCAACCACCCAGAUCGGAAAUCCCCGCGAGGACUGGUCCCUGGCGGGAGCGUCACGCCAGGCCCGAAAGAGUGAUCCUGCAGACGAAUGAGCGACAAGAAGCUUCUGACAAUCCCGGGGCCGACCCAGAGUUUAUGGCGGGGGAGGAGGAGACCUCUGAAGAAAUCUCGUUAGAAGACGAGGAGGCACCCAGGAGGAGGAACAACCCUGAACCUCAAACCGGGGCGGCGGGGGGGGGGGGUAUUCCUAGCAACCCAGCGGUAGGAGGAGCACCUGCCACGGAGGAGACUGACGUGCCUUCGCCGGCCGACCUGGCCGGCGACGACGCCAUCUGGCACAUGGCGGGGGAGUGGAAUGUAGACGUGCUUCAGCGAGGGGACCAGCCAUUCCUCGUCCGCCGGCUGCCACCACACCUCCUGGACAGAUACUGCCUGCGCCCGAACCUGUCUUGGGGAGUCGCUGGGCAGCGAUUGAAGCUAGGCUGCACAAAUUCCAACGAGGCGAAUGGUCCGAGCUCUUCGAGGAAGCAGGAGUCAUCCUCGACACAGGAGCCCCUGUACAGCACCAGCCUGACGAGGAAGGGGUUUGUGCACGAGCGGAGGGGUUAG